AUGAUAAGCAAGAAAUAUGUAAAUCUUAUUUAGGGAGCAUUUUGGUUGUCGCAAUCUACUGGAAUAUCCUCAGAUAUCCCUCCACCCAAGCAUCUUUUUGGGUCAGAUUUUAGUAUAAAAUCAUGUGCCGUUGGAAUAAAAAAAGGAAUUUGUUUAGCAGAAGAUGGAAAAGUCUAUGAAAAAGGCCUGACAAAAGAAGAAAUCAAGGACCCCCCUGCAGAAAUUUUUAUCCAAACUGCUAUUAAAGCAAUAGCUUGUAAUGAUAUGGUCGGAAUCAUGAUAAGUAAUCAGGGUGAAGUUUUCAUCUGAGGAGUAGACAGCAAACAAAGCGGGCUCUUCAUAGAGCCAGGAUUAUAUUCAUCUGAAAUUCCUGUCAAAAUUCCACAGCUUGAAGAAAUAAUACAAGGAUCUAUAGGGAAAACACAUGCUGCCGUAAUUGAUUCUAUGGGACAUCUUUUUACUUGGGGAAGUGGGUCUCAAGGAGAAUUAGGAACGCUCGGAUUUUCGAUAAAUCACCAGCCUCCUAUGAUAGUCGAAAGCGCCAAAAUAUUUAAAGCUAAACAAGUUUUAUGUGGGCCUUCUUUUACUUGUAUAUGCACUGAUGGGUGCUAUGUGUAUUUGUAUGGAGUUAUAGGAAGCGCGCACAAUUACAUUAAUUCAAGAAGGUCUUCUAUAGUGAGAAGGCUCCCGACAGGGUCACCGAAAAAGGGUUCUGGGAAUUACCCUUAUACACUACCAGAGCUUGAGAAAUAUUCAAUAACUGCUGUGAGCUGUGGAAAUAGUUUUAUUGUGGCUUUAACUGACUCAGGUGAAGCGUAUAUUUUUGAUGAUUGCAUGGAUUUAGUGAAAUUGCCGAUAAAUUAUGGAGAUAGCAUAACUUCUAUUGCAAGUACACUUGAUUUUGCUUAUGGGUUUUCUAGAAGCUCCAGCUGUAUAUAUGAAUGAAGAGAAAAAUUUCAAAAUCGGUUAUCAUCAAGCACGGAUUUUAUGGAAUGCCAGCUUACUUAUUGGAUUGGGAAAGUAUAUGCAGUUCAUAAUGAGCACAAUAAUCUAAUCAGUUUAGUUUCCACCUGCUCACAUAUGGCUGGACUUUUAUAUGAAGCAGAGGAGCCUGGAACACACCAAAUAGCUAGAUAUUUAACAGAACUAGCUCCUUAUAAGCGCUCUGAAUAUGCCAAUAAGCUGAUUGGCUCAGUUUUCGACUCGCUUGAUUACAAUAUGGAAAAAAAUUCUUCUUUACGAUCAAGCUUAAGAGGCUCUAUAGAUCUUACUAUUACAAAAGGCCAUGAAGAUUUAGAAAGGCUUUAUCCAAAAGGCGACAAUGAUAAAACGAUAGAAAGAAUAAUUCAAUGCAGAAUAGAACAUGAUAGAAAAGAAAGGCUGUCAAAAUCUAUUUUCCCGCUUGUGUAUCCUGUGCUAAAGUCUUGUUUUUCACAGAUAAAAGAGUUUGCAGGGAUAAAAUGCAUAUAUGAUAAGACACUUGCUGCUGCUUUGAUACCUGGAAUAAUUGGAAACCUUUAUCAUAGAUUCAAAAUUGAGUCUGAAGCUUUUGCUUUUCAGGCGAUUAAAAGGUUUUCGAAUUAUCAGAAAUUCAACGAAAACAAUGAAUACCCUAUAUACGACCCAAGGAAAAAGGAAGCAGCUAGAGGAAUUUUGCAAGAAAUAUCAGCGUUGGCACAUAAAUAUAAAUUAUUGGCUUUUACUUUGAUAAAAGAAAGAGAAAUUUUAUGCUUACCUCUCCCUUGGGCGAGCAAAAUCAUCGGAAAAAUCCCUAUUUCAAACAAACAAAUUUUUUAAAAUAUUUUGAUAUAAGUAAUAAUUAUUAUAAUGAAAUCUAGUUAAUUCUAUAUUUAAACAGUUUGCAUCCUUAAACAUAAUUUAUAAAUUAAAUUAAUUUGCGCAUUCCAGUUUUACGAAUAGUGAUUUUUAAAAAAUAUUAUUAUAGUGAGCAAGCAAAAACAUUUUGGUCGCUUACAGAGGCUAGCGAAGUUACAAAAAAAGACUGCUGCACUAACUCUAAAGCAGGCCAUCAAAGACAUGAAUAAAAAAGCAUUAAAAAGGAAAUUUGAGAGGUGGCUUAAGGUUGAUGCAAAUGAGAGAAGUGAUGGCCAAAAAUCAAUUGAAAAGAUCCUUAAAAAAUGCAUUAUUUUAUAUGAGAGGGCUCAUUUCAAGCAAGCUUUAAAAAUUUGAAUAAAUUCUAGUGACCCUGAAAAAAUCAAUAAAUGGAAGCAAGACUAUCAAAGAAAAAUGAGUUCAAAAAUUAUUUUCACACGAAUUUCUUCACAUAUAAAGCGCCUUAAGAAAAAGAUUUUCAAUAGGAUUAAUAAUUAUUCCCUUGGAGCUAAUGAAGAAGAAUCACCAAUAAUAAAUCCUUCUGAGUUAAAUUUUAAAGGAGUCUUUCAAAAACUAAAGAGUGACCGAGAACUAAUAAUGGAAGAGAAGCUCCAGAUACUUGAAGACUGUCUACAAAAGCAUUAUUUAAACGUUUUAAGCGACUCAUGAAGUAAUUUAAUAGAUGACGGAAAAUUGAGGACAUAACCCGAUCCUGCUUUGGAUCGGCUUGACUGAUGUCGGAGUUCCCAGAUGGGAAGUUGAUGAACCAACGUUUAUUGGCAAAGCCAACUCUCCAGAUGGCAAAUCCUCUUGUUAUUGGUGGUUUGUCAUCUGGGGUGUUGACUUUGCAGCAAACGUUGGCUCGUCAACUCCCCAUAUGAUAACUCCGAUAUCGGUCAAGUCAGAUCCAAAGCAGGAUCGGGCUAUAUAUAGCAUUAUGAAUUUGUCAAAUACAAAUGAUGAAACUUCAAAUAACACCCCAGAAGCUCUAAAGCAAGAUGACGAUAUGGUCUUGAUGCAUUCAAUUGAAAGCAUGCCUAAGAGUCACUCAACUGUAUCAGUGAAUGUAAAUCAAUUAUCAGUUUUCCCUGAUUUGCAUACACGCCUCUCUGAGCGAGACCAAGAAAAGCUUGAUUUUGUAUCACCAUCUGAUUCCGAUGGAUUUAUUCUAGAUUUGCCAGGUGAAAAAAGAUCUCAGCCAGUAGAAUUAGAAGAGUCUGAGAUUUCAAGACUCUCUAGCACGACAUUCACAAGGCAUACUCCAACUAUUAAUCAAAUAUAUAAAGCCCCAGAAGUAGAAAUUGACAUUGAAGCAGAAAUUUCAAAUAAUUCAAGCAGGUCUAAUCUUUAUGCCAAUCAUUCAUCUCAACAAAGCUUUGAUUCUUCUAGCUAUCAACAAAAACUGAUUCAAAACAUGAUCUCUAGUCCUAAAAUUUACAAAGAAAAAGACAAAGACAAAGCCUUAAAAAUCGCUCUCAAUUCAGGAAGACCACCUUGGAAGCCAUCAAGUAAAAGUCCUGCAAUCGCCCCAGUCCAUAAAGCAAUAGUAAGCCCUACAAAUAAAAGACAGCAAUAUGAUACUGAAUUGAAGCAAAGGAUGAGAUUUAUUGUAAAAAAGAAAUCUGGGUUUAUAACACCAAAUUUUGAAAGGCUGAACGGCUUUUCUCCUCAAAAUUUAUUAGAAUUUACUGAUAGCGUGCCAACUGAUAGCGCACCUACAGAAAGUGACCCUUCGCCAUGCAGAGAUGUGAAAAACUGUGUUUUUGAUCCUAAUAUGAGUUUUGAAACUAAGCCAGAAGAAGAUAAAAGAGUGAAAUUAAGCUAUCAAAAAUUGAUUAAAUAUCGGAAAGGUAUUUCAGCUUUAGAAAAAGCAGUAUCAAAAUCGUUAUCAAAUGCUAUAUCUGAAUCUUUAGCAAAAAUCAAAUUGAAGUCACCAUCUAAAGUAGGAAAUAAAGGUAGGGAAACUAACAGUAAAGCGCGCGAUAUACCAUGGCAGCACCGCUUAUACCUUGUCGCUUCUGAUAAUUUAUUAAGAGUUAUGAGGAAAAUUUACAAGAAAGUUUUUGUUGCGAAGCUAAAAAGAUAUCGUUAA